AUGGCUAGCAAAGGUGCCACCAAGCGUUUGACACGCGAAUACAAAACUAUCUCAGAGAACCCUCCUCCUUACAUUGUCGCUCAUCCAUCCGAGUCUAACAUUCUGGAAUGGCACUACAUCAUUACCGGACCUGAGGACACACCUUACCAUGGCGGCCAGUAUUGGGGAACUCUCAUGUUCCCCCCAAACUAUCCUUUUGCUCCUCCCGCCAUUCGCAUGCACACCCCGUCCGGCCGAUUCCAGCCCUCGUCGCGACUAUGUCUGUCUAUCUCCGAUUUCCACCCGAAGUCAUUCAAUCCCGCAUGGGAAGUCUCAACUAUCCUAAUCGGCCUUCUAUCAUUCAUGACAAGUGAAGAGAUGACGACUGGCUCCGUUUCCAGCACCGCCGCGGAACGACGCUCCCUCGCCGCUCGAUCACGCUGGUGGAACUCGACUGGUAAUGGCACACAUAGCAAGACGGGUCCUGUCCAGAGGGGCAACAUCAAGGCUGGUGAUGGCGGCGCCAAGUUUCGAACAGAGUGGCCAGAGGUGGAUGCAGAGAAUUGGGAGUGGAUGACCAAGAACAAGGUUGACCCUGUCAGUGGCACACGAUUAGACGCUGAUAACAGCGGAUCCUGUCGACCUCAGCUUGGUAUUUCAGGGACUAGCGGUCAUCAAACACAAGCAGUUGUUGAUGUGGUCAACCAACAAAGAGAUGCCAGCACAGGAUGGAUCUAUCGCAACAAACUUCUUGUCGCUGGUGCGGCUUUCUUCCUCUACGUCCUUGUCGCCAGACUGGUUAGCGGAGAGGAGUGA